GUUUUUGGUUUUCUUAAAGGAAGUCCCAUUUUUUGAACUAUAUUUAUGUUCUUGAACUCUCAUUUUAUUAAAUAAUUUUAGAUGAAUCCCAGUGGGAGAGGUCGGCGAAGAAAUAGGACUGUUCCUACUGCCGCGGCUGGAUCAGCUGCACAAAGGGUAGUGAUGAAUCAGGAAGUAGAUGGUAGCUCACAGAAUGCAGUGCAGCCUGAGGUUCCACCUAUACAGCCACAAUUAGUAGCAUCAGUGACCGAGCAGGUGCUGCAAGCCCUUUCCAGAGAGGAGAAAAGGGGUACUAAAAGGAGCAAAGGUCAAAAAAAUUCCAAACAUAAAAAACCGAGAACGCCAAGAUCUUCAGGUACUGAUUUUGAUGAUAGUGAUGAAUCGUUAGAUGAUUCUGAUUCAGAUAGUUCUUCUUCAUCCGAGAGUGAUUCAGAUGACUGUAAGCUAUUAUCAGAUCCUACAACUUCACUUAUAGAUUUAAAAUUGAAAAACAAAAUUUGGCAGAAUAAAUAUGUUGAUUUUUUCAAGUUGCUUCGAAGGGAUGAUCUCACUUCUGAUAAAUCAUUGCGACUACAAAGCGCCGGUAAUUCUGAAUAUAAAUUUGUUGCAUCAAAACCAAAAGAGUCUAUCAAAACAAUUGGGCAGUGGACAACAGCACUUCUAAAUUUUUUUGCAGUAUAUUCUGAAAAAUACCUUAAGCAAAUUCAAGCUGUUAUCAAACAUGGGGAGAUUGUAUGA